UUUAAAGCAGCACACAGAUCGGAUGUUCAUGGUCGUGUGUAUAUAGUACAUCGACUUUUCACUGAUGCAUUACAGCUGAAGCUCCGGUCACUCUGCAGCAGACUCUUCAUACUUGUUGUGCUUUUCGUGCGUGUAGCAGGUUACCGGUGUUCGUGCUGUGAUGGAGCGCUGGCGAGGCAGAGUGGCUCUGGUGACCGGAGCCUCGGCCGGAAUCGGAGCGGCUGUGGCAGUAGAGCUGGUCCGGCUCGGUAUGAAAGUGGUGGGCUGCGCCAGGGACGUCGGAAAAAUACAGAAACUGGCAGCAGAGUGUCAGAGCGCCGGUCAUCCUGGUGUUUUGGUGCCUUUCAAGUGUGACUUAACCAAAGAGGAGGAGAUUUUGUCCAUGUUCGCAGCGAUCAAAGAGCAGCACAAAGGUGUGGACGUGUGCAUCAACAAUGCUGGCUUGGCUCACCCAGACCUGCUGCUAAGUGGCAAAACCAGCAGCUGGAAGAACAUGAUGGAUGUGAACGUUCUUGCACUGAGCAUCUGCACGCGUGAAGCUUAUCAGUCAAUGAAAGAGAGAAACGUGGAUGAUGGCCACAUCAUAAACAUCAACAGCGUGUGUGGGCAUCGUGUAGUUCCCAAUCCUGAUCUACAUUUCUACACCGCCACAAAGUAUGCUGUAACCGCCCUGACGGAGGGCCUGAGGCAGGAGCUGCGUGCAGAAAACAGCCACAUCCGAGCCACAAGCAUUUCUCCUGGUUUAGUGGAGACUGAAUUUGCAUCACGGUUCUACAAAGAAAAUCCAGAUAAAGCAGCUGGUGCAUACUCUGCAUAUAAGCCUCUGGAAGCAAUAGAUGUUGCCAAUGCUGUUACCUACGUGCUCAGAGCUCCUCCUCAUGUUCAGAUUGGAGAUGUUCUGAUGCAAGGCACAGAGCAAGCUUAGGGUUGACCAACAUGAUCCCCCUGAAUUAACCUACUUUACUUUACUUUACUUUACUACAUUUAUGUAAAUCAUGAUUUGUGAUCUGGUCAUGAAACUUUUUUGUUUAUGAUGUUUGUCCUGAAAAUUUUCACUGAUGUGUAAAAUAAAAUGAUUGGGGUGGGGUUGAGUGUUUAUAUUCUACUGAAGGAAACCUGAUUUAAAGAAGCGUGUAUGGUAAAAAAAUAAAAUAAAAUACAAUUGUCAGUGUAAAAUUAUUUUAAAAAUAUAUUUCACUCUGCCAACAAUAGUAAAAAAUAUAAAGUUAAUAUAUAAUACCUGACUAAUAUAUGGGAAAGUAAAGUCCUGAGAGACUCAGUGAAGCUUUUCACAAAAUAAUUAAAUAAAAUCAUAAUAAUAAAAGUAACAUAUUUUGAAUGUUGUUGUUAGAGAUUUAGUAACUUGCUAAAUGACCCAUGCACUGAUGAUUUGUGUCAUAAUACAUUUAUAAUGCAAUAAAGCCCCUCCCGGGCAACUUGAGUUAA